AUGAAUAGAAUAUUUGGGUACGGGAAGAAUAGAAAGACAUCUGAACAGAUAUUGAAAGAAUCAAAUCAUGCCAUGACUCAGGCUCAACAAUCGCUGCAAACAAGGAUAUCGAAACUAGACACAGAUAUAAGUCAACUGAAUAUGCAGUUGACUAAUAUACAAAAACGUCUCUCCACAAUAAAGAGUCCACAGGGACAAAAGCCUUUAAGAUCACAAGCAUUGAAACUUCUAAAUAAGAGAAAGAAAUUGGAACAAAUGAGGGAUUCUUUAGACAAUCAGGAGUGGUCAAUGAUUCAAGCACAAAUGAUGACCGACACUUUACAGAAUACAAUGAUUAGUGUCAAUGCCUUAAAACAACAUAAUUCGAUUUUGAAACAACAAUACGGUAAAAUAGAUAUUGACAACUUAGAGGAUAUGAAAGAUGAAAUGGUUGAUUUGAUUGAAAAGGGGGAGGAAUUACAAAAUGCUUUAAAUCUAAAUAUGAACGGCAACUUGAUGGAGGACGAUAUCGAUGAGGAUGAGUUGGAUGCUGAAUUGGAUGCACUUGCCGAAGAAGAGCCAGAAUGGGGUGAGGAUUUAUUAAAUAGUAAUAUAAACCUUAAUGAAGAGUAUAUGAACAAUAAUAACAACAAUAAUAAUUUAGAGGUUGUUAAUAAUGAUAAAAUACCAUCAUAUUUGUGUGGAACAAUCCCAGAAUUUAUAGAUGAAGAUAAUGAAACACAACAAGAGAAUACGAAGAAUAAUACUACCAAAACAGCAGAAGGGGUUACAAUAACAUCAACACAAUAA